AUGGCAAAGCGCACGAAGAAGGUCGGAAUCGUCGGAAAGUAUGGCACACGUUAUGGAGCUUCCCUACGUAAGAUGGCCAAGAAACUUGAGACCACACAACACGCCAAGUACACCUGCGGAUUCUGUGGAAAGGACGCUAUGAAAAGAACGGCCGUUGGAAUCUGGAGCUGUACCAAAUGCAGCAAGAAAGUCGCUGGAGGAGCUUAUGUGUACGCCACCGUCACCGCAUCAACUGUCAGAUCUACCAUCCGUCGACUUCGCGAGCUCAAAGAA